AUGUCAAAUCUUUCGCUUCUGGAUCGCGAUCCAGUCAACGCAAAGAUGCCGCUAGCGCAUGGCACGCUUGUCCAUAACGGGCGAUCUCUCGACGGCCAGGAGUACCAGCGAGGUGAUCCGGUGGCCAUCGUCGAGAACGGCCCAGGAGAGCACCUUCCAGAUGCGCUUCGCAUUCUCAUUUUCCGCACUAACCAGUGUAUGCUCGUGCCUUUGAAGGCUGUAUGCUGGAUCCCGACUCACACUGAGCAACGAUCCGGAACUACUUUCCUGCUUACAUUGUACGGAUCGAGCCUGGACUUCCGCCAAUCCGCCUCGGAGCCCCCUCAGAUGGGAUAUCGUGGCAUCGCAACGCUCUAUGGCUCCUGUGUCUAUGUUGGACGCGAGGUCAUGCUGGAGGGCAACCCAUCAAGAGUCAACCUGGAACCCACCAACAGAACCUCCUUGUUUACGGCCCAGUGGGACGCUCUUUCACUCAGCGAGGAUGUGCACCAACAUGCACUGACUCCUUCAGCAUCUUCUUACGCAUCGUCUAGAAGCCCUUCUGAGUCGGGUGAUGAUGUUCCUCAUCCUCCACUCUACCGUGUGCAAGGGCGUCGAGACUCUGCCAUUGAUAUUCGAGACCCUGAAUCUCCCAUCUACGAGUCCUCAAUGGGACGAAUGGUCAACUUUGUUUCCAUGCCACAGAACGAGAGCAGCAACUACGUGCUUGAACAACGUGACCAGCAAAGGCAGGGUGCCAAUGCUCAAGAACCUAUGUGGGCCACGCGAGGCAGCAAUGCAGAUAAUGGCAAUACUUGGGAUACCUUGCAGAUGCCGCCACAGCACGUUCCGGAAAUGCGGCAACCCCAGUUGCCAAUGCCCCAGCGACAACAGGCGCCGACUUCGAGGGCAGUCAGCCAUGCCGACUACUACGAGCAGUAUCGCCUUGCGGAGGAGCAAGGCAGCUCUCGCAGCCACAACGGACCUGUAGGCCAUCGUCCUCAGCAGCUGGAAGCUGUUCACAUGCAAAAUGACCCUCGCGCUGGCUACUUGCCUUCUCGCAUUCCUUCUUUAAACGACUCUCAGUCCAUUGAAGAUGCUCAAAUGCAUCCAAGGGGCCUGGAUCAGUCGAACAGACUCCCGAUGCCCGGGCCCUCUUUCCCUAUGCCUGAAGAGUUCUACGAUAUUCAGAGCAACCGCCCCACAUUCCGGCCAUCAAGGCCCCCCCCUUCAAGCUCCUAUAGCCAGGUACAGGAAGACAGCUUACCUUCGACUUUUCAACGUCAACAGCCAAGACGUAGCCCGCGUCCUGACGAUUCUCACCCUUCGCGUACACGCAGAACGCCAAUCAUGGCUUGCCGAGCACCAGCUCAACCCGUUCAUACGUUUACGCCGAGUGUAAUUAUCGAUUCCUUCCGACAGAGCACACAAGCUCACAUCAGCUCCUUGGAGAGCCAUUGUGAGCAACUACAGCAGAGCCAGGCCAGCGUUGACCAAGUUUAUCAAGCAAAUGAGUCGCUUCAAGCUGCUCGACGAAACAACGAGGAGUCUUUGCAGCUUCUCCGCCUCCUUCAACCAAACACUGGUAUCCCAUUGAAAGGAACAGAGAAGCGGCUCCAGUCAAUCGUUGAUCAGAUUAUCGAUGCAAUUAAAAAGUUGCUUCCCGACGGCAUCAAUGGUUCCGACAUGAACAUCGAACAGUUAAGCCAAAACGUACAAAGCCUCAAAGAGUUCAUCGAGUACGUUGAGGGAGUUUACCCCGAAGUGAUCAGGCGCGCGCAGGACCCCGCGGCAGCAUCUACUAACAAGAGCCAGAGUGUCCCAGUUACGACUACGAACCAAGUCCCCUCGGCUCCCGCAUCCGUUUCUUCUCACACAGCGGAUGAGUCUGACUCCCGUCGCUGGGUAGAUGGCCAGGCUGCACCUCCGUCGGACCGUUCCGCAGCAACGGCCUUGAACCGAGACCGCUCCCGCAUACUCCAGGACAUGACCGCUGCCUGUAGUCGUCGUCCUGAGCCGCGCCUCAACACUGCUCCAGAGUACUAUGCUCCCAACAGCUACCGCCGGCCGUCUUCCCGGACUCAUUCGCCGCUGGACACACCUUUUGCGCCUGCCGAACCUCCAGACGCGGCUGGCCACGGCUUCUUUCAACGGCGUCCUCCGACACAGAUCCAGCAGACGAUGCCCAUCACCGAUUUUGCGGCCCUAAUGCAGGAUCAAACCACGCAUGCUUACCCGUCUCCUACAUCGGUCGAGAUGAUGCGGCCGAUGCAGCCCGUGUCGAGCCCCCUACCUCAGCCUUACACGAUGCAACAAGAGAGCAACUUCUACCUGCGAUCACCGCCACCAAACUGCUUGUACCCAGCGACUGGAGCCGAGGUGGCCCAGGCUGCCUACUCCCCGCGGUCGUCAGUGGGUUACCAGCCGGCCCCGGGCCCAGCGGAGAGCAACUACUACCAGGACAAGCGGUCUGGUCUUUCGGACUGGCGAACGGUCCGCCAGGAGCGUCCUGCUCCCUACUCCCUUAACUAUAGGGAUCAAAGGCGACGAAGAGGAAGCCAGUGA